GUUUUUAACAUUCUUUGUGUCUGUGCAGAACCGUUUACUGUAGAGCCAGAGGCUCUCGAAUUUCUCGCUAAGCAUUCUUUCGAUUUCAACCGAUUAAUUGAUUCGGGUGUACGGUAUUAUCCAAGCACAGUGGCCAAGGCAUGUCCGCUCAGGUCGCUUUUUACAGAAAUACUUUCUACGGGUACACCAUUGAUUUUGCACAAUGGUUUAGUUGAUCUUGCCUUCAUCUUUCAUCACUUCUAUUCUCCUAUUCCUGAUAGUCAAGGCGAUAAUGUUCGGGAAGCUUUGGUAUCCCGCUGGCAUAUAAAAAUCGCCUUUGAUGAUACUACGUCGAUGAUGGGCCCUUUACGAGAUGCUUGCGAAAGGGUAGACUGCCAGCUUCCACCCGGUUUCCCGAAACAUCUUAUUCCCUACGAUCUCAAAGGGAAAGUGUGCGAACAAUUUUCUGUAGUAGGUUGGGGACUCCAGCAAUGUGAUUUGUUGCAGAAUCAUGGCUUUUGUCGAAAACAGCGACAAGGGCAAUGUGAUUUAUUGCACGAUGUUGAUUAUGCUAUUGAUCUUGAAAAUGAAAAGUUAGAAAAGAACAGGAAGAAAAGGAAGAGGAGGUAUGAUUAUUUGAAACCGGACAGCAUACUUGAAAAAGAGCGAUUGGAAGAAGAGGAAAAAGAAUCCCGCAAAGGAAAGGUUUCUGUUGAAGAGGUGAAGAAAAACAAACCCAGAAUAGCCAUAACUGGUUGUCAUCGAGCCGGUGUAGAUGCUUUUAUGACUGGAUACGCAGCUUUGUUUCAAAGUCGCUUAAGCAUAUGUCGCGAUGGCAAACUAGAUGAACAGACUGAAAGAACUUGUGUAUUAUUAAGAUAUGAUUAUUUGAAACCGGACAGCAUACUUGAAAAAGAGCGAUUGGAAGAAGAGGAAAAAGAAUCCCGCAAAGGAAAGGUUUCUGUUGAAGAGGUGAAGAAAAAUAAACCAAGAAUAGCGAUAACUGGUUGUCAUCGAGCUGGUGUCGAUGCUUUCAUGACUGGAUAUGCAGCAUUGUUCCAAAGUCGCUUGAGUAUAUGUCGCGAUGGCAAAUUAGAUGAACAGCACCUAAAUCGGAUACCCCUAUCCGGUAAAGCGGAGCCAUUCGUCAUACAACGGACGCAGUUUGCUGGAAGCUGUGAAAAACAUGAGAAUCGUUUUGCUUCUAUCAAGUCGGCUCGACUGAAGUCUGCGUUGCAAAAAGAAGCGGCGAACACCUGA